GUACGGACCUUUGGAGGCCCACACAGCCACAGGGAAGUUACUGCAGAGGUGACUGUGCCUGUCCUUGCUGGAGAGACGACCUUGACCCGGCCCCCAGAAAAUGAGUAGAAAAUCCACCUUGAAGUACCCUCGAAGACUAGUCUAUGAUGCAGGAAGGAUAAAGAUGUUUUGGGAGAGAAAAAUUGAGCAGCAUGAAAAGCAGCUACAGAUUGAGGACAUGAGGGUCCGGAGCAGUGCCCUGAACAAGCUCCGCCUGGAGUGGACCCAGAUGCUGGAGAGAAGAAACAGGAUGCUCCAGGAAGAGCCCAAGUGGCCGUCCCUGCUGUCCGUCAUGCCCUCCCACAACCAGAACAAGGCAGCAGCCUGAGGCCCCCGGCAGGAGCUCCAGCAGCCCUCGGGGGAACACUCAGGGGUCCGAGAGCAUCUGGCCCAUGGGUCACCCGGUAUGGAGGGGGCCAUGCCCUGUGCUGACCCAUGGCCAUCCCUGA